CCUUCCCGCGCGGUCCUCCCGGACCUAGCUUCCCCCCGGUUCUGCGCGGGGCCCGAGUGAGAAGUUCCGGAGCCCCGCUGGCUGGGUGUCGACGCGGUCCGCCAGCCCGCCCAGCCCCCCUCGGCACUGCCUCGGGAGCUACAGCUUCCCCAGAGUGUGCAGGUUUGCUUUCGAGGGGUGGCGGGCUGCGCUGCGGGAGAGGAGCGCUCAGAGGGUCAAUCCGGCCAGCCCUCGGUCUCCGGCCGCGGAGGCCGCCCUCGCCCUUGGGAAUCCUUGGUCUCCCAGACAGAAGGAGAGUCGGCGCCGGGGAGCCCGUACUGCAUUUUGAUUCAUCUUGGGCCUUAUAAAAAUCCCAAGAAAAUUAAAUGGCAUCUGGAGAUUUCUGUUCCCCUGGACAAGGGAAGGAAAUACUUCAACAAGUGUGUAGCAAGCAGUUUCCUCCUUGUAACCUGAGGGAAGAGGACCUGUUACAGAACCCCUACUUCAGUAAGCUGCUGCUGAGUCUCUCACAGCAUAUGGAUGAGAGUGGCUUAAGUCUCCUCCUGGCAAAGGAGCAGGCUCAGGCAUGGAAGGAAAUUCGACUGCAUAAGACAACAUGGUUGAGGUCUGAGAUUUUACAGAGAGUCAUUCAAGAACUGCUUGUGGACUACUAUGUGAAGACACAAGACACAAAUUUAACAUCUGAGGACAAAAAGUUUCAUGAGACCCUUGAACAGCGGCUCCUUGUGACUGAACUGACACACCUCUUAGGUCCUAGCCAGGAGAAGGAGAUACCUCCAUUGCUAGGGCUGGAGAAGGCGGACCUUCUGGAGCUCAUGCCACCCUCAGAGGAUUUUGUGCAGAUGAAAGCUCGUCUCCAGCUGGAAGUGGAGGAACAGCUCAAGAGGAAAUGUUUCACUCUACUCUGCUACCAUGACCCCAACUCAGAUGCUGACAGUGAAACCCUGAAGGCAGCAAAGGUGUGGAAACUGGCAGAGGUCCUAGUGGGUGAGAAGCAGCAGUGCCAGGAUGCUAAGAACCAGCAGAAGGAGCAGCUGGUACUGUUGGAGAAAAAGAGUGCCACCUACUCUCAGGUACUUCUCCGCUGCCUCGCUUUGCUUCAGAGGCUUCUUCAAGAGCACCGACUGAAGACUCAGUCUGAGCUAGACCGCAUCAAUGCCCAGUACCUGGAAAUCAAGUGCAGUGCCAUGAUCCUUAAGCUGAGGAUGGAGGAGCUAAAGAUUUUGUCUGACACUUACACUGCUGAGAAAGUGGAAGUUCAUCGUCUCAUUAGGGACCGUUUAGAGGGAGCCAUUCACCUACAAGAGCAGGACAUGGAGAAAUCUCGACAGGUUCUGAAUACCUAUGAGGUCCUUGGGGAGGAGUUUGACAGGCUGGUAAAAGAGUACACCCAGCUCAAGCAGGCAACUGAGAACAAGCGCUGGGCCCUCCAGGAAUUCAACAAGGCCUACCACUGAGUGUCUGCAGAGCCAGGAAGCAUGAUUUACGCACACCACUGCUGCCUCCUAUUUCUGCUGAAGGGACCACCUCCACCUGGGGCUUCCUUCACUAUAAGGGGGUAGGGGGCACUUGCUGAAAACACUGCAGUCCUUUAGGCACCCUCCUGAUUUAUUUCCCUUGUUUACAAUGACUGGGUCUUUUUUGGAAAAUGUAGCAAGCAGAUUUAUAUAAUUUUAUGCAUAGCUGUUUGUCAGUGUCAGUCCUGUGUUGUGUUUGAUUAUUUCAUGAAUAAAAUGAUGAUGUUAUAUCUUA